CCCCGCUAAAAAUAUGUAAACGUGUGUUGCAUAGAUAGGCAAAUUGUAAGACAGACAACCGUUGGCAAGGUUAUCGUGAAGGUGAAUCCUAUAUAAGUCACCCAAGCUUCGUCUCUGUCCCUAGCGUCGUCUUCUACUACGAUCAGCAGCCAUGAAACUCGCCCUUCUCGUGCUCGUGCUCCUGCCCCUGGUUUACUGUGACUCACUGAUCGACCAGUUCAAGCACCUGUUUGAUUUCGAUGAGCUGAAGAGUCUUGUCCAGAAAAUCGCUGACACCGUCGGAUCUGACCCCGUCGAGACUGCCUGUGAGGCUGAGUGCACCACUAUUCUGCACAGCAAUGCACUUCUUACCAGCGGCUGCGAUCUCAUCUGCAGAUCAUUCCAGUCUCUUGUCCAACGGUUUCAGAUCGUCUAAGCAGAUUGAUAUGCAAAGCUACAAAUAAACAUAUUUGUCGACAUCA